CACAGCUAUUCACUGCAUACCCGUUGCAUAGCGUAAGUGCAGUGAAUGCUAGCGAGGGGUGGAGUCACUGUGAAUACACUGUGCGUGCGUUGACAGCAUAGGAGACAUUUUGCAUCUCAUUUCCCAGUUUUAUAUUGGCUUUCAUUGAAUGGAUAAUUACUGGUAAGCCUUACACUCAUUGACCAAUAAUUGAGUGAUUAUUAUAAGCGUGGAAUCAAUUGAAAGUGAUGACAGGGCGAGGAUGUCGCUGAUAAAGAUGGAGACCCCCGACGGCACCGGACAGGCGUCCACUAUCACCGACUCGUUCCUCAACUCUUCGCAACAGUUUAUAGUCCACGCGUCGGACAACACGGGCGAUGGCGACGACUCGCAGAUGGGAAUGGGAUCACACGACGAACACUCGGACAACGGC